GGUAUGGAACUUCCCCUGUCGCGCAUUAGUUGCGUCAUCAUCCCGUCGCCGCUUCAGCUUUGCGUGCAUUGGCUUGGAAUGGCGGGUUCGUUCUCAGAAGCGCUUGAAGAACUUCUGAACCCAGAACCCACGUUCCUAGACCCGGAGGAUCAUGACGUCCAGGAGCAGACACGAGCGCGCGUGAUCCACCGACCUAACGAUGAGGAGGAGAGGGACGAAGAAGAAUGCGGCACGAGCGCGCUGCGGAUACGCAGCUGCGCUCCGCAGUCCGACACGCGGUACAAGGGGAAGGUGGUGACCCGGAAACAGCUGUUGAUGGAUGAAGAAGAGGAUGAGACUGAGGACGAUGAUGAUGAUGAAGAGGAGGAGGAGGGGGAAGGGGAUCUGAAAAAUAAUAAACCAUACUUGAAGGAAAAGAAAGUGAAGUUUAAGAGGGAAGAAGAAAAGGAGGAUGAGAGUGAAGAUGAGGAGCAAGAUAUGGAGGAGGAGGAAGAUGAUGAUGAGGAGGAGGAGAUUCAGGAUGGCGAUUCCCUGAAUGAUUCAGAUGAGCCCUCGUUGAUGAAGACCUCUGACUCCUCAGCGGACUAUCACCGUCUGGCAGAGGGCGUGGAGGAGCUGGAGAUGAGCGAGGAAGAUGAGGAGGAGAGUGGAGAGUCUGGAGAAAGCGAUGAAGAUGAUGACUCUGUGGAGGAAGAGGAAGUGGUUCGCACGUUUUCUCAGGACAAAGUGGAUGGGGAGGUGGAGAAAGGGAGAGCUGUAAGGAACCAGCUGGCGCUGUGGGACCAGUUCCUCGAGGCCCGGAUCAAGAUCCAGAAGGCGCUGGUGACUGCUAACCAGCUGCCGCAGCCUCACACCUUCCCAGAGUUUCGGAAGAGGGGCGGAGCAGAGCUGCAGGGGGUUCUGGGGAACACCCACAAGGCUUUGAAGGCCCUCCAGAGGUCCCUGCUGGAGCUGCAGGACCUGCUGCUGGAGCAGAACCCGGACACUAAGAGCAUUGUGAGUCACAGUGAAGAUGAAGAGCUGGUCAGUGAUGAAGAGUGUGCGGAGCGGCGGGGGCCAAAACGAAAGCUGGAGAUGGCAGACUACCCGGCCCUCAUGGCCAAACGCUUCUCCUCCUUCGAGUCUUUCCGCACCGCCACGCUGCAGAAGUGGGACGACAGAACCAGGCUGGUGGGGGGCCGCGGGGGCUUCGGCGCCUUCGACAGGAGCAUUGUAACCCAGGUGCAGCAGGUGCUGGAGGACAAGGAGAGGCUGGUGCAGCGCACCCAGAUACAGCGCUCAGAAUACAGAGUCCUGGGGAGAACGGAGAAGGCCCUGGACACACGCCAGAGCGCAGAUGAACAGGAGGGGGUGAAGCCUAGCAGCCACCUCAAACAUCUAGACGAGGACAUCUUCGACGACGACGACUUCUACCACCAGCUCCUGAGGGAACUGAUCGAGCGCAAGACCAGCACGGCGGAUUCUAACGAGCAGCUGGCCACGGGGCGGCAGUGGCUGGCCAUCCAGAAGCUGCGCAGCAAGAUGAAGAGGAAAGUGGACACCAGAGCCAGCAAGGGCCGCAAGGUCCGCUUCCACGCGCACUCCAAGCUGCUCAACUUCAUGGCGCCGAUGGACAACAGCUCCAUGAGUGACGAGGCGCGCAGUGAGCUGUUCCGCAGCCUGUUCGGACAGAACACCCCCUCUCAGAGCACCCCCUCUGAGGCCUGAGUGUAAUCUAUUACUGCAGGACAGCAAAGUAAAGGAGGAGUUUUACAGUCACUGAUUUCAGCUUUCAUUGUCAUGUGUUUCAGUGAAUAUGAGGAGGGGAAUUUGUAAUCUGGAUUCAAAUGUAAUCUUAUAUCCUUUAUAAAAAUAAAAUAAUUGCCCAGGUUUUUACUUCACCAGGGGAAGGGAGGAAACUCUUUUGCAUCAUUUUUUUUCCUGAGGAGAUGCUGUUAGUGCCACAUAUGUGGAUUUAGAACAUGUGGCUCGUUUCCCCUCCAUUGUGGCUCUCUGGUUCAAGAAAAAUACAAAAAUUUUUAUUUUGUAAAGUAAAAAGUAAGUAAUGAAGUUUUUCAAAAAGUAAAAAACUUUAACUUAAUUCAACUCAUUCACAAAUGUUAAAAGACAGUGCAAUUUACAAGUUGAACUACAAUAUUUGGGCAUAUUUUUUUGUUCACUGUAUCAGAGAAAAUCAAUGGGAGAGUCAAUAAGGACAACAUUUUGUACUUCUGGAGAACAGGAUUAUAAAGCAGAUUUUCUAUUUUUGAAAAAAUUCAAGCAUUUAUAUAUUGCACUUCAUGGUUAUAUAAAUACAGUAAAGGUCACUUAAUUGUCUCACAUUUAUUUUUGGUUUGCUAGAUUUAUGGAUUUAUCACUGAAAUGCAUCACAAACUACAAUAGUUUUUUUUUUCUCCUUUUAUUGUUGACAUGACACAUUUUCCUUCUACAUUAGCGUCAUUGAGAUCAUCCAAUGUGACAGGAUAUCCUUUGAAAGGAACUCGAGAACCUUAUUCACAAGUUCCAAAUUAUUUCAUAUUUUGAAAAAAGGCUAUUUUCUCUGUUUUUUUAUGCUGAAUGAAGUAACAAUAAAAAUACAAAUCAAGGUUU